AUUUUAGUGGGGGUUUGGUUAGAAUUUUGGAAUAGUACAAAAUGCUAGCACGAUUUUUGUAAAAUUGUAGAGAACUGGAUCGCGAGGAACAGGAGAUAGCUGCCCCCAUCCACCAAUAUUAUAAUAAAAUAAAAGAUCGCCAACUAAAGAGUCCAUCGAAAAUAAAAGGGAAAAAAAUCCUAAACUCUCCAGCUCACGUUAUCAGGAGAAAUCAACAUUUAUUUUGAUCUUCAAUGGGAACGGAGCAAACCGCGGAGAUAUCGGAGCCUCUUCUGCGCCAGGAUGAAGCUGCGCCGGAGAAAAUCCCCGCCGCCGACGAUGAAAUCGAGCAGAUUCCUGAAUGGAAAGAUCAGAUCACGAUCAGAGGGCUUGUGGUCAGCGCCAUAUUAGGGACGCUUUUCUGUAUUAUCACUCACAAGCUAAAUCUGACGGUCGGGAUCAUACCGUCGCUCAACGUCGCCGCAGGUCUGUUAGGGUUCUUCUUCGUGAAGUCAUGGACUGGUUUUCUGUCAAAACUGGGAUUCCUGGUUCAACCUUUCACUCGGCAAGAGAAUACCGUCAUCCAGACGUGCGUUGUGGCUUGUUACGGUCUCGCCUUCAGCGGGGGAGCUGGGUCAUACUUGCUAGCUAUGGACGAGAAAACGUAUAAACUGAUUGGUGAAGAUUAUCCGGGUAAUCGAGCGGAGGAUGUGAAGAACCCUGGACUGUUGUGGAUGAUGGGAUUUACUUUUGUUGUUAGUUUCCUGGGAUUGUUUAGUCUAGUUCCUCUUCGUAAGGUUAUGGUCCUGGAUUAUAAGCUGACCUACCCAAGUGGGACUGCCACAGCUAUGUUGAUCAAUAGUUUCCAUACAAACACUGGAGCUGAACUUGCUAAGAAACAGGUGUCUUCUCUUGGAAAAUAUUUAAGCAUAAGUUUCUGCUGGAGCUGCUUUAAGUGGUUCUUCAGUGGUGUUGGUGAUUCAUGUGGAUUCGACAAUUUCCCCAGCCUUGGAUUAACUCUAUUCAAGAAUACGUUCUAUUUUGACUUCAGUCCAACUUAUGUUGGAUGUGGGCUAAUUUGCCCACACAUAGUCAACUGUUCAGUUCUUCUUGGAGCCAUCAUAUCAUGGGGUUUUCUUUGGCCUUUCAUUUCACAGCGGGCAGGUGACUGGUAUCCAGCUGAUCUCGGCAGUAAUGAUUUCAAAGGUCUCUAUGGAUACAAGGUUUUCAUAGCCAUUGCUCUCAUCCUGGGGGAUGGACUUUAUAAUUUGAUUAAGAUCGUAUCCGUGACUAUAAAGGAAAUAUGCUCCAAACACAGUCUUCCAAUCGUCAGCGAAGUUACAGAUGACCCCACCUCGAAAUCUCUUAUAGAAGAAAAGAAACGGGACCAAGUCUUCCUCAAGGACAACAUUCCUUUCCGGUUUGCAGCCUCCGGGUAUGUAGCCCUUGCCGCCAUAUCAAUCGGCCUUCUCCCGAAGUUCUUCCCACCCCUGACAUGGUACUUAGUUCUUUGCUGCUACCUCCUGGCCCCUGCCCUCGCCUUCUGCAACUCCUACGGCACCGGCCUCACCGACUGGAGCCUCGCCUCCACCUACGGCAAGAUCGGCCUCUUCAUAAUUGCCACCCUCGUCGGCUCCCAAGGUGGUGUCCUCGCUGGCCUUGCCUCCUGUGGUGUCAUGAUGUCCAUCGUCGCCACUGCCGCUGACCUCAUGCAGGACUUCAAAACCGGCUACCUCACUUUAUCCUCCCCGAAGUCCAUGUUUGUUAGCCAGCUCGUGGGUACUGCCAUGGGCUGCAUUAUUGCCCCCCUCACUUUCUGGCUCUAUUGGACUGCGUUCGACGUGGGGUCCCCUGACAGCCCGUACAAGGCACCCUACGCCGUUAUAUAUCGCGAAAUGGCCAUUCUUGGGGUCGAGGGGUUUUCCGAGCUGCCCAAGCACUGUCUGGCCAUGUGCUGUGGCUUCUUUUUGGGGGCUUUGGGUGUUAAUCUUUUGAGGGAUGUUGUGCCUAAACGGGUCUCGAGGUUUAUCCCUAUACCGAUGGCGAUGGCCGUGCCGUUUUACAUCGGGGCUUAUUUCGCGAUCGACAUGUUUGUGGGGACUGUGAUACUGUUUGUUUGGGAGAGAGUGAAUAGGAAGGACUCGGAGGACUAUUCGGGUGCUGUGGCAUCGGGCUUGAUUUGUGGGGACGGGAUUUGGACGAUACCAUCUGCCAUACUUUCGAUCCUCAGGGUGAACCCACCUAUCUGCAUGUACUUUGGCCCGUCUGUUAGUGCCUGACCAAGUAAGUUCCUCUUUCUUUGUAUCGUUUUCCAUUUACAAUCUACAAGGUGGAAACAGUUGGUUUUGUAAAUAUCUUGAUUUGUCCCAUUUAACAGUGUAUGUGGAAUUAUUCUGUUAUGAAUGCUUUGCUAAUGCGUAGAAUGGUGAAACUGUCGGUCGAAGGUGGGGGAUGUAAAUUUACACAUGUCAUUCGGACAAUCCUGUUUUCAAUGAUUUUCCUUUUUUAUGUGUACGAGCUGAGUGAUUUUUAAGAGCAUGAGAUUGAAAAUUUCAGUCCUGCCAUGUGGUAGUGCCAGUUGAUCACCGUCAGAUCAACACACAUUGUGUGUGUUGAUUGGCCCUGUGUGGGUUUGUCAGAUCAGCACACAGUGGUUGUGACUCUGUGAUUCGGAGUUGAUUAACUCUCCAACACCGUCAGAUCAAUACACAAUGUGUGUGACUGUGUGAUUCGAAGUUGAUCAACCUGUGUGGUGUUUUAUCAAGUCCUUUUCCAACUUAGCUUCGUUAUCACGUGUCUUGAGUAGGGUCACUGUUUAUUUACCCUUUUCAAUUUUACUUUUAGGAAACUAAAAUGGAAUAUAUGUAGCAAACAAUCAGGUAGUUUUAUCUUCGGUGAUUUGAUGGAAAGGUAAAAGUUGAUGGCUCAUAUUUUCUCAAAUCAACAGCUUUAAGUAUUCUUAUCUACCCCUUUGUUUAUUUCUUUGAUGCUGAAUUGAGGAGGAAUACGACAAGAGGUAUAUUUGACUUUUCCUUUGAUUGUUUUAUUUAAGAUCCAUAGGAGCACAAAUUUAUCGUCUCUCUUCUUACAUUUUUGUGUGUGUGUGUGUGUG